AAUUUAAAACGUCAUCAUGGUAGGUAUUAUAUGUAAUUAUUAAUUAAUGAAGUGGAUAAGAUAAGUCACAUCCAAGAUGAUUCCAUAUGGGGGGAUGCCACGUAUUUUUUCCGUCAACGUCAACAAGAAAAGUUCACGGCGAAGGACGUCAAGAACCGUUAGAAGAUUUGCAUAAGUUGUUUUUCAUCUCUUUUCGUUAUUGAUCAAAUUGUCAAUGGGCUUUUUUGCCGGUUUAACGGUUAAUAGUAACGGAGGUAGUUUAUUCGGAACGUUGUUGUUAUCAUUUGCUCACGCGGCAUAAAACGAGAAGGUUAUUGACCUUUUUUAGUUUCAACAAUUUCUUAUCCAGAAAAACGAAUUCUAAGAUUGCAGCAACAGGAUGGACGGCCAGGACUACGAGGUCUCAUCUGAACUGUACGCUGAAUUCGAUUACGGAACGGACAUCAAGCCGACAAAUCCGAACAAUGUUGUCUCGCUGUUCGCGUUCAAAGACCUUCCGAUUUCUCCGAAGGCGGAUUGCGACGGGGAUUUGGAUUUGGUACGGCGGAAGGCGGAUGAGUAUCCCAAUAACAUUGAAAUUGAGCACAGCAAGAGUACGUUGUUGGGACUAGUCGGCCUACAAAUUUGGAGAGGAGCUCUGCUUUUAGCGGAUUGGUUAAUUUAUAAUGGUAAAAGUAUACCAGAUGGGUACGUCUUAGAGCUAGGAUCAGGAGUCGGGCUUACAAGCAUUGUAGCAGGAAUAUACAAACCAGUUAUUUGCACAGAUAUUAAUAUCGGAGGAUUAUUAAAAUUGAUUGAAGGCAAUGUGGCGAGAAACAACUCAAUGUUAAAUCACCCGGUGAAAGUUGCUGAACUAGAUUUCACCAAAGAUCUUUCAGAUGAGAUAGUUGAGGUAUUACCUAAAGUAAAACUAAUAAUAGCGGCUGAUGUUGUGUACGAUGACAGAUUGACAGACGCUUUUGUCCAAACUGUGGAAAAGUUACUUUCCAAAGUAACUGAUAAAAAUCUGUGCGUUCUUGUGGCAUUAGAAAAACGAUUCGUGUUCACUAUGGCCGAUUGCGAGACUUGCGCCCCAUGCUACGAGUACUUCAAAGAUCGUCUUCUGGAAAUGAAGAACGUGAAAUUGGAAUUGCUGCCGACAGAUUUCCCUCAGUAUUUCAAUUAUGACCGUGUCAAGGAACUCGUCCUAUGGAAGAUAUCGGCGCAAUGAAUUAUUCAUUGUGCUGAUUAAACUAUUUAUAGCGUAAUUGUUGUUUUCUUUUUGGU